GCUAAACAACCUCGCAUUUGUUUACAAAUUUAAAUAUUUAAAAUAUAUUAUUGCCAGCAGCCUGUGCACAAAUGUGGCAACCUGGGAAUGAGGAGAGCUAUUUUGACAAUAUGGAGUUCAGCAAGAACGUGGUCAACAUCCUGCCGACCGUGGAAAUGCUGGUGAGCUUCAAUGGCGACAUGACGCGAACCAAUAGGCGAGCGUGCCUACUGUACGCCGAGCGGAUGGACUUUAAGGAGCUGAUUCAACUGCGUUUGGCUGAGAAAGCGGACCAGCGGCGCAUGUACAUCACCACCGUGGACAGCGCCUCCUUCCACGAACUGAAGAAGGAUCAGUCUUUGAACGUGACCUUCUCUGGCUUUAUGGAGAACGUAGUCCGCAUGCUUAAGGACUGCCAGGCUGGCAAACUGGAACUGCAUCUGUCCGCCAGGGAUCAGAGCCUCACAUCCAGCCAAAGCCACGACUACCACCUGCAAUUCGUAGAAAUUCGGUCCUUUAAGAACCUAGUUCACCUGUGCCUGCCCUGCCGCUCAGCCCCCUUAAACACCGUGCUCUUCUACAUCAAUCUCAUGCUGGAUGCCUCCCACACCAAGCAGUAUAUGCUGGAGCAGAGUAUUCAGCAGCUUCAAACAGAGCUAAACUCCCAGCGCUUGCACACGGAGCGGCUGGGCACGGAAAACAGCAAUCUCAGAGAAGCCUUGGCGGAAAAUAGCAGGAUUCUAGAGGACAAGCACGCUCUGGAGAUACAGCGAGUCCAGGAAAGCCUGUCCAAAGUCAACGACCAGCGCAGUAGUGAACUGGAACGGCAUCGCAGAGCGAUCGCAGGACUCCAGGCGCAGUUGGACAAGGCUUCCCAGGACAAAGCCGACCUGAAAACAGGCCAAGAGCAAAGCGAGAAGCGAUGUCAAACACUGGUCGAGGAGCUAUCCUGCUGUAAAUCACGCGUGGUAACCCUAAAAGAGCAGAACGACAAACUCCAUGCUGACAUAGCCAAUGCCAGGAAGCAGGAACGCAAGCUGGAGUACAAGAUCGAGGAUCUCAAGCAGCACACAGCUGAAUUACAGGAGCACAUUCAGAAGGGCAACAAGGAGAAGGCCAACAUUGCCGCAGAACUGGAGGCGGAAAAGAAAAUCCUGCACACCAAGCGUCAGGCUUUGGAAAUGGCCUCCGAGGAAAUAUCAAAGGCCAAUCAAAUAAUCCUCAAGCAGAGCCAAGAGCUGCUCAACCACAAGAAAACCAUUGCUUGGCGCACUGAGGUGGCCCUCCAGCAGGAGAAGGCCGUCCACGAGAAGGAGCAGCUGUUGGCCAUGCGCGAGGAUGAGCUGCGUCAGGCACGUAUAACUAUUGAAAAGCUUAGGGAGGAGAUUCCCGAGCAACUGCAGUCCAUGCGUCACUUUGCCCAAGGAUUGGAACAAAAGUACUCUAAACAGAUACUCAGCCUAAAGGAGCGACUUUCCAUUCCCACUGGCAAGGAAAAUCGACGCUAGUUAAGCUUUUUGUUUAUAAGUAUCUUGUGUUUUUUUUAUUUUAUUUAUCAGUAAAAGUAGAUGUUUGGCUCUAGUCAUAA